UCGCAGUGUUUUGUUCCCAGGUGACUGCUCCUCCUGCACUCAAAAGAUGAGCCGCUUUGAACACUUCACAAAACAGCUCGAGGCGUUAAGAAACAUCUUCUCAAAAAAUGGCGAGGAGUCAAGCAUCGCUGAUCUGCAGAGGGGGUCAGGAAGGAUCCCUAUGAUGAGGAAGAUCUGUUUCGCUGUAGGAGGAAUCCCAUACCAGACCACAGCAGCAGCUAUAGGGAUUUCUCUGCAGAUAUUCUUGCUGGAUGUUGUGAAGAUGAAGGCCUCCUCUGUAUCUAUGAUCCUGUUCCUCAGUCGGGCCUGGGAUGCUGUGACUGACCCCCUAGUUGGAUAUCUGGUGAGCCGCAGCCCCUGGACACCCAUUGGAAAACUUACCCCAUGGCUGGUGAUUUCCACUCCGUUUGCGAUCCUGUUCUACGUGCUCCUGUGGUUUAUACCUGCAGACUCCAUGUCUGAGGCCGCCAGCGUGCUGUGGUUCCUCACAGCGGCCUGUCUGUUCGAGACACUCAUGAGCUGCUACAACGUCCCAUACCUCUCACUGAAUAUGUUUCUGGGAGGACAUCAGAGGGACAGAGACUCUGCCACCGCCUACAGAAUGAGCGUGGAGAUGAUGGCCAUGCUGCUGGUGUCGGAGAUUCAGGGACAAGUUGUUUCUGCAUACAACAUUGAAAAGCAGGAGGCCUGUGAGCAUCUGGACCAGGUCCAUCAAACGCCUCACAGCUCAUCAGCGCCUCAAAUUGCCUCUCUACAGGAAACGCGAAAGGCUUUCCUGACCUCAGCUGGGGUCACAGGCGGAUUGUUUCUCCUCAGCAGCUUGGUUCUUUUCUUUGGCGUGAGGGAGCAGCGGGGGGAGUCGGUCGGACACGGUCAAACAAGACCAUCAUAUCUGAGCUCCGUAAAGAUGCUAAUAUGUCACAUUCCUUACCAACGACUAGUCCUCGGCUUUGUCUUUAGCGUACUUGCUUUCCAGAUGUCUUUGGGUAACUUUGCAUUGUUCUGCAGUCAUGCAGCAGGACUGGGAGCUUAUUUUCAGCUUCUUUUGUUGGUCCUAUUGAUUUCGGCUUUAGUCGCGGUUCCAUUUUGGCAAUUUGUUCUUCUGAAAAUUGGGAAAAAAAGGACAGUUUUCAUUGGAUUUGCACUCUUCAUCCCAGCCAUGAUCACAGUUGCAUGUGUUCCCAGCAACCUCCCAGUUUUUCUGAGCAUGUGCAUUCUGUUGGGAUUCAGCGUGGCGACUUUGUUCCUGCUGCCUUGGUCAAUGCUCCCAGAUGUGAUUGAUGACUUUGCCUUGAAACAUCCGUUGUUUAAAGACCUGGGCCCUCUGUUUUUCUCUGGUUAUGCCUUCUGCAAUAAGCUGGCAGGGGGCUUUUCUGUGGGACUGUCAACCAUGAUAUUACAGAUCGUAGGCUACAAAGCAGGUGCGUGUAACCAUGGUGAUGAAGUGGCGACAGCACUGAUUGUGCUGUUCUCACCAGUUCCUAUCACACUGCUGCUGAUUGGGAUGGGAAUCUUUCACACCUACCCCGUCAAUGAGAGGAAAGGCUUACAGCUUGAGGAGCAAAACAAAAACCUAACGUCUUCAUCUCCAGACCAGAGAGAGCUCUCAGAGCUGCCGAUAAGCUCUCCACAGUCUAAUGCUGAUGACCCGAAGCUCAACAGAUUUUACAACUGUAUUCCAUCAGCGUGCUGUCAGCCAUCAGGGAAGCGCUCGGUGAAGUUAUCCGCCUCCUCAACUGUAUCCAGCAAUCUUUAUGGAAAAAACAGCAGGAAGGAAUCACAUGUGGAGUUAGAAGUUAAUCCUCGGUGGCAAAAACGGAUACUCCACCCUGUUCAAGGCUCAGAAGAAAAUAAACGGAGUGAAAGUUUCCCUGCCAACGCUUCCGUUUCCUCCUGUGGAAGGUCACUUGUCCAAUCCAAGUUGUCCUGGGUCUAAAGGGAGGAGACAUCCGUAUGGCACUUUAUAAACACUGAUAAAGCUAUAUUGCUGCUAAAAAAAUCUAUAGCAGCAGUUGAUUACUUCCUAUUUGUCUGAAAGCAUUGUCAUGUAAUUCAAAAGGUUACUAAACCCCAAAUCAACAUUUUCUUUUACAGAUAAACUGUAUACCUUUAUGUCACUGUGCAAAUGUUGACAUUUUGUGUAAAGUUUCUGACCUCUACUCUCCAUUUUGGUGUUCUUUUUCUAAAUUUGUCUGAGAGGGUAGGGUUAUGCUUUUACACUUUAAGGACGACAUUUUUAAAGAAGUUAAGCAAUUAUAGCCUAUUGUCAGUCAUCUAAAAUAUAAAUAAACACAGCUUAUUAGCAUAAACACUGCAUAGCAUGGUGGUAGAGGGGUAGUGAUGUGGGGACAUUUGCUGUCAGGAAGGGAACUGUGAUUGGCUGCAGAUGUCUAAAGAAGAGA